AUGACUGUUACAAACCAGCUUCUACAAGAGAAGAAACAAGCCAGGGCCAACUUGACAGCACAGCUCGCUGCUAGUCUCACAGCAAGCCCGCCGUCUCUCCCCUCGCUCUGCCUCUGGGACCAGCGCGGGCUGCAGCUCUUUGAAGAGAUAACGCACUCAGCAGGCUACUAUCCUUUUGCUGCCGAAGCGAAUCUUUUAAAGGAGAGCAUUGACGACAUACUAAGCUGUAUCUCUGAGCACAGCGUGAUGCUAGAGCUAGGAAGCGGGUCUCUUGAGAAAACCAGCAUCAUUCUUCAGGGCCUCAGCAAUCUGGGGCGUUCCGUGGACUACUAUGCUCUCGACGUCUCUGCUACGGAGCUCGAUCGCUCGCUGAGAGGCCUACGAGCUACCUUGGGCAGCGGCUCAACCGUCCAAUGCCACGCUCUCGUGUGUACUUAUGACGAAGGCUUGCUAUGGCUUGAGAAAGAUCCCUCACUUCGCGGACGAGAUGUCACCAUCUUGUGGCUGGGUAGCAGUAUAGCCAAUGAGCCCCCCAGGAGCAUCCAGCGCCUACUGUAUGCGUACAGAACGGCCAGCGAGGCAUCUGGCGUUGGCAAGCUGCAGUUUCUCAUUGGAGUAGACGGCUGCAAGGAGGCCAGCCGGAUUAGAAGGGCGUACGAUCUGCCUAGCGGUCUGAAUCGCGAAUUUGCCAUGAACGCCAUCACUAGUAUCAACUUCUCUAUGGGGUGCCAGGUGCUAGAUCCCAAAGCCUGGCAGUUCCAUGGGACUUGGAACAUGAAGUCGUCGCGCUACGAGACUGGCUUAGCUCCCGUAUGCAACGCAAAGGUCGAGGUUGGUGGGCGGACUGUAUCCUUUAGAAGCAAUGAUGUCGUGCACUUGAUCUACAGCCAGAAGUGGGACUGCCAGGAUGUAGAUGACAUUCUUGCAGAUACGAAAUUUGCUAUACAGGAGCGUUGGACAAGCUCAGACGUUGCGUACAGUAUGGACAUUAGCCCUAUUGACCAUGAUGGUGCUAACCUUUGGCUUAGCAUUGUAUUUGGUUGGUUAAAGACUAUAGAACGGUUAAAGGUUGGUUAUUUUAGUAUUACAAUAGCCACUACUAUAAUGGGAUUUUUGAUUGCGAAUGCGAUUACACGCAGUGCGUAUCAUAUCGCUUCCGCCUUGGACGCCAAUCAGCUGCUGUCUCACCAUGAGUACUCCAUAUAG